UUAUUCAACAAACAUUGGUGAAGAAUCCAUUACAACCAAAAGCAACACACAUGGGGAACACGAAGGAAUGCGACCACCACAAGGGCCAGCGCGGCGAGCUCCACCGCCGCGUCUUCGCCGCCAUCCUCGGCUUCAUAGUCCUUGUCCUCCUCGUGAUCUUCCUGAUCUGGAUCAUCCUCCGCCCCACCAAACCCCGCUUCAUCCUCCAAGACGCCACCGUCUUUGCCUUCAACCUCUCCUCCACCGGCGCCACCACCCCUUCCCUCACCACCCCCACCCCCAACACACUCACCCUCACCAUGCAAGCCACCCUCACCGCCAUCAACCCAAACUCCCGCAUCGGCAUUUACUACCAGAACCUCCACACCUACGCCUCCUACAAGGGCCAGCAAAUUUCCCUCGCCGCGGAGCUCCCACCUACCUACCAAGGCCACCGUGACGUCACCGUCUGGUCGCCGUACCUCUACGGGUACGCCGUGCCGGUGUCGCCGUUCAUGCUGGAUGUUCUGAGACAGGACCAGAGCGCAGGGGCGGUGCUGGUCAACGUGAAGGUCAUCGGGAGGGUGAAGUGGAAGGUGGGGACUUGGGUUUCUGGGAGGUACCACAUCUAUGUGAACUGUCCUGCUUAUAUCAGGCUCGCCGGUGAGCGAGACAAUGACGGUGGCGUUGGAAUCUCCGGCGCCGGCGCGGCGGUGAAGUAUCAGUUUUUUCAGAGCUGCGUUGUUGAUGUUUAGUAGUAGUAAGAUGUAAUAAUGUGUAAGCAAAGUAAAUUUAAUUUUCUUUGCUUUUGAUUGCUUUAGCUCUAAUUAAAAUUAGUUACAACUAAUUAAAACUACCAUUUUCAUAAAUAUAUGAUAUCUUUUAAUUA